CUCACGUGUUUAGGGUUGGCGUUUGUGAAGAAGUUAUUUAUCUAUUCUCUCCAAACGAGUCUCUCUCUUCAUCGCUCAGUUAUCGGCUAUCACAAACCCUAAUCUAGGGUUUUCUUCUCUCAGAAAGUCGGAAGAAAAGGAAAAAAGUUUCAAUCAUGAGUAAGCUUCAGAGUGAUGCCUUGAGGGAAGCAAUCACCCAGAUUACUAAUGAUGCCAAGGAGAAAAAGCGUAACUUCACUGAAACCGUUGAGCUCCAGAUUGGACUGAAAAACUAUGAUCCUCAGAAGGACAAGCGUUUCAGUGGUUCUGUGAAGUUGCCUCAUAUCCCUCGUCCCAAAAUGAAGGUUUGCAUGCUUGGUGAUGCUCAGCACGUGGAAGAGGCUGAGAAGAUAGGUUUGGAGUAUAUGGAUGUGGAAGGGCUGAAGAAACUUAACAAAAACAAGAAACUGGUUAAGAAACUUGCUAAGAAAUAUCAUGCCUUCUUAGCAUCAGAAGCUGUCAUCAAGCAGAUUCCCCGUCUAUUAGGACCUGGACUCAACAAAGCAGGGAAGUUUCCUACCCUUGUCACUCAUCAAGAGUCUCUCGAGUCUAAAGUUAAUGAGACUAAAGCAACAGUCAAAUUCCAACUGAAGAAGGUUCUCUGCAUGGGAGUUGCUGUUGGCAACCUCAGUAUGGAGGAGAAGCAGAUUUUUCAAAAUGUGCAAAUGAGUGUUAAUUUUCUGGUUUCCUUGUUGAAGAAGAACUGGCAAAAUGUGAGGUGCUUGUACCUGAAGAGUACCAUGGGGAAACCAGUCCGCAUCUUCUAAACCUUGUUUCUCUGUACUCGAGCUGUUUUACGGAGCAAUUUAGUGUGAGCCAAUGCUUAACAGAUUUUUCUGGAUUGAGCAGUUUUCCCUUUUUGUUAGCUGUGUUUACUUUGAUGCCCUUUUGAAUUUAAUGUUUUCUAUAAAUUUUUAUGGAGAUGUGGAACUAUAUCAUUCAUUUACUGGAUGAUCCUUUUUGUUUUUGGUGGCAUAUGCUUACUUUAUCCUAGAAAAUCUUUUUGCAUAUUGUUUGCUUCA